ACUCAUUUUACCCUUCUGCUUCACUUUGGAAGCUAUAGCAUUUCGUCUGAAAAUUACACCUGCAGCGCUCUGUAAAACGUGUAAUUUCAAGACAUAUGCAGAAGUACAGAAUUGCAUCUAUCAAACUCGAAGAACAUAGGUCUGCGAAAGACACAGGUGUUCGCCCAUUAUGCGGCAUCGUUGCCGCCCAGCAUGCAGCCGUUCAUCUUUGUUCGUCUACAUUACAGCAGUUGCUUUAUUUACCCUCUGCAACUUGCUUGCUAUGAUUUUAAUAUCUCGUAGCACGAAAAAUAAAAGCAUCACCAAGUUUAUUCCUGCCGAGCAAGAUGGAGUUCUUUUGAUAGGUAACCUGCUGUCCAGCUUUGUCUUCAACUUUAACCAGUCGUCUUCCAGAACAGACAGUAGGCGUACUUACAUCAUACACGACUCUGUUGUAAUUGGCAAUGGGUACAGCAGUUACUCAGAAUCUGCAUAUGUGACCCUAGCUACACAAUGUUCUGUGGACAGGUUGCACCUUUUGCUGGAAGUCGCCGAUGCCUGGAGAGCGCCUAUGUCUGUAGCAGUCUUUGUUCCAGGCGUAGACUUUUAUAUAGCCAAAGUCUACAUCGCAUAUUUAAGACUGUGUUCGCAAGUUAUACGCACGAAUGCUACAUUCCAUUUUUUAUACCAUCGCGAUAUGGCACCAUCGGAGGAUUCUAUAUUUGGACAUUCUCAUGAUCAUCAAGCUAUACCUUCAUGUGCUAGAAGUAAUGAAGCUCUACCUUUGUUAUUACGGUACAGAACUAGUACUUUUCGACGCUGGUGGCAACAGGCACUUCAUCCUCAAAAUCAUCUGAGAAACGUCGCACGGCGUGGGGUAAGGACUGCUUAUCACUUCCUGACGGACAUUGAUAUCAUGCCCGUAGCAAAACUCGCUGAGCAGCUCAAUGUCUUCCUGGGUUCUUCACCUCACGCCAAGAACUGUCCCAAAUGCGUAUAUGUGGUGCCUACGUACGAGAUGCCUGAAAGACUUCCAGUUCCCCAGUCUAAGACAGAGCUCUUAGAUAGAAUACAAAUGAAGCAAAGCAGACCGUUCCAUGCCAAAGUAUUUAUCCAUAAUCAAUAUGCCACAAAUCAUUCGCGCUGGGAGCGAAUACCUGAUUCUAAUAAACUUGAAGCUGCUUACAAAAUAAGCAAUUAUGAAUUUUUUUACGAACCCUUUUAUGUAGCUAGAGCAAAUGUGCCUCUACAUGAUGAGAGAUUCAUCGGAUAUGGUUUUACCAGAAAUACCCAAGUCUUUGAAAUGCAUCUGGCGGGAUUUGAGCUGUGGGUUCUGAAUCCAGCAUUUGCAGUUCACAGAGGUGUGCAAAACAAAAGAGGCCGAGGUGCUUGGAGAGAACGACAAAAUAUUAUCAACCGAAAGCAGUUCACGCGUUUUAAGCACGAAAUGGCAGUUAAAUACCGAUCGCAAACGAAAAACCGAUCCUGAGCAAGCCGACCAAGAAGCCGAACUGAAUUCAAGAUACCUAAAAUUAUUUAUUUUCAUAGAGAAUUUUUCUUAUCGUGACAUUUCAUUUCAUAAUUGGAUAUAUUUAUUCUUAAUUAUUUUUAACAUGGAACUAUGAGAUAUUUAAGGCAUAUAAUUUAUUUAAAUAUGUAACUAUUCCUAGUCAGUGCUGGCGAACCUGUGAGAAGUAUAUCAAUAGUGAUAUAUGAUAAUCUAUUACAUAAGUCUUACAAUUUGAUAUUGACGUACAAGAGCAUCCGAAAUCAUCGGUUGUCUCUGUCAUCUACUGUUCAAACUAGCUUUUACAUUUCUGCAGCUAAUAAUUAAAUUGAAUUAUUUUAUUGUUAUCAAAUGUGAUGCUGACCAAAAUUCUGCAGAUAGUUCCGCCAUUUGCAAUUCAUGUAAGUCGAGUAUUGGAAUAAUACGUAUUCAGAACUCACCUGUCUUUAGGUAUACUAAGCAGUUUGUUGUUACAUGGAACAGCUUUUAAGUUGCAGCGGUGUAUUGUGCUGUCUAUUAUAUAUUUUAAUCGUUCUUUUUUAGAUAAAUUUUCUACGAAUAAAAAACAAUUUAUGCAUCAAAAUUUGCUUAGAAUUUGGUGAAAUUCCGCAAGUUCUGUGGCAGUACAACAAGAGUGUUUUAUAUAGCUCGAUCAAAGAACACAAGGUAAGCCAGAAAAUGGUGACGAGAUCUAGAUCGUCACCGUUUUCUGUUCAUCAUGAGACCGUUUUUCAGACUCAUGAUGAAACCAUACCUACUCAUUACACUGGUUGUUCACUCCUUCCCUAUUUUCCGAUAAUUUCUAACAACCACGCCCUAACUGAGAAAAAGAUGUUUCAGUGUGUGGGAUCGUUAAAUGGCUUCUCUACCUGAAUAAUGUAUUGGCCCAACAGGCUAAGAGCAUCCAUCAAUUUUUGGAAGAAAACAACAUGUACUUUCAUUCCUUUGGAUCUGGACUUUGCAGAUUUCUUAUCUUUUGCCAUAUCCAGAAUUUUUUUGUUUUUUUUUUCAAAUGUAAAAGUAUUGUUCAACAGUCCGAAAAUGACCUUCCAAAGAACAUACCGCUAGUGUAAAAAUCUUUGAGGAUAUAUACGUAGGAGGGAAUACGUUAGUUUGAUAGCAGCCACCAAGAUCUAAAUUGAGUUAUUUAGUUUCAAGGGCAUUAAUUCAGAAAAUGCUGGAUAGCAACUCGCAUUAAUGGUUAUACCAAAUACACUAUAUUUUUUUCAUACCAGUUCAAAUUACUAUCAAAAUUGCGAAUAUGCUUCCAUUUAAUCAUUUAAGCCAAAAUAUCAGGUUUCAUAUUGUAUCCUCUAUCAAAAACCACUGAUUUCUCUUUUACUUUUUUCUCUCUUUUGCAUAGCUGUAGUUUUCCUGUUGUUCAUUUAGUAUGCUGUAAGAACAUAGUUUAGAUCUUUUCCAUUAAUUACUAUUAUCUCUGAGUUUGUUUUAUUCGUACCUGAUUUUUAUAAUUGUUUGAAACUUCAGUACAUGAUAUGUAACACAAUUUAAUAUCAUUGCAAGAAAUUUGUUUCCUCUUUGUAUAUGUUACUAACUUUGUCAAUAUAUUACGUUAUUUAAUGUUCUUUGGUGAACUAGAAAUCAUUCUAUUGAUUUGAAUAUUACCAAACCAAAGCGUGAAAUAAAUCAUUUGCAUAAUAAAACAAUUUUUAUCAGUAUACAGAGUCUAUAUAAAUAAAGCUGAUUAUGACUCAAUAUAAAAUGCUUUGUUGUUCCGAACGUUAUUAAAAGAAUGUGUAAGGAAGUACUGCAGGUUUUUGAAAAAGGAGUACUAGCUAUUGAGUUAUAUUAGGCAUUUUCCAAUUGUUUGACAUGCCAAUCUACAAGGUUCGUCGUCACUAUACUAGGAUGACUUUCUUUGGUUUUUGUACAAAAUUUUCUAGCCUUUCUGUAUAAUAAAUUAAUGCAUAUGUUGAAAGAACUAAUCGCUGAACAUGUAUGUAAAAGUAGAUAAUAGAGUAUUUUAUUUCAUGUCUAUUUGAUUUUCUUAUUGCUGUUAUCAUUUACUCCGAAUAUUUAAUUUUAACUGAGCCCAGAGAUGAUUUAGCUAGCUGAAAUUUCCAAAAGGAAAUUUUUUAUAAUUAUUGUUAAAAUUAGAAAAAAAUAAUUACAUAUUUUACAUUAAAUGACCGUUAAAAGAAGUUGAUUUAUUGACUUUAUUAGUUUAGUACAGCAACAUUACUUCUCAAAAUUGCUUUUAAAAACUGAUACAUUUCUUUCGUUAAGAGAAUUUCAAAGAAGCGGUUGUGAUAUUCAAACAAACAAAAAGUUCUGAAUUGAAAUGCUUAACCUUACAAUCUUAUUUAGAAAUUUUUAAUCAACCGCUAAAAUGUCUUUAAAAUUUUCUAAAAUCCUUUACAUGUAAAGGAUAUAUUAAGUGCCAUCUUUAGUAAAUUCAUAAGCCGUCAUUAUUUCAUUGCAAAGAAAUUCAAGUUCAAUAACAAUAAAUUUGUAAUUUCUUGUAAGUAGAGCUUAACAUAAAUUUUGUCUUGUAAAUUUAAAGUGUUUGUUGAAUGAUAAAGUGAAAUCCAAAUGACGUUUGUGCUAUUCUUAAAAAAAUGAUGUUCAAAAAUACAUCAAAAUAUUUCUUAAAAACACUUCGUCAGCUAUGCACAAAUUUGAAAUAAAAAACAGCCUUUGAUUAGUUGAUAUCCAUUUAAUAUUCCCUAGAUAAUUCUAAUAUCAAUUAGAUGAAGUAAAUUAAUCACUAUUCUACGGAACUAAACUGAAAUUAAUAAUCUAAGUACUUCCAUAAUACUUUAAGAAGCAAAUGUCAGGACAAACUUUUGUUAAGUGACUUAAAAAUAUCAUUGUCGUUAAUAACAUACAAAAAAUUUACAUUGUUUUUCGACACAUAUUAAUCUUCUCCGGGUUGCCUUUCAAUAUUUAGAGAUUACUGCACUAUUUAUUUUCAGAUUACUUUCUGUUUUCUUUAUUACCAUAUUGAAAGAUAUUUUAUAUUUCAAAUUUUCGUAUCUCACAAUUAUAUUUAUUAAUUUAAAUAAAUAUAAUUGAAAUUGUAAUUUUUAAGUAAGCCAUGCUUAUUUACUUAAAAGCAUGGCUUACUUGAAAACUAUUAUACUUUGUAAAGAAUGUUGUAAUUAAUCAAUAAAGUAUACAAGUGAUCAAUAAUUUUCAUGAAAAUUAUUAUUUACAAGUUAUAAAAUAUUAUUUACGAUCUUAUUAAGACAUUUGAAAGAAAGUAUAAAGAAAAGAAAAACUCGAAAAAUAUUCGAAUAAAUAAAUGCUAACACAUUAAAAGUUUUAUAACGAAACUUUCAAUGUUAUUGAGGAUAAUUAAUGAAUUACAUGAAAUUUGAGAGAAAAUCACUUAAACCAUUUAACAACUGUCACAUAAAUUCCAAAUUUUAAAUAAUGCACAUCAAAAAGCAAAUAUCUGAGCUGUGCAAUUUAUAACUUGUGCUAUUCCGAAAAAGCAACUGUUCAUUAUUUCAUUCAUGUUAACUUUCCUUAUAAACUUUGGAAAUAAUAUUAUACAAGAAAUACCUAAUAUUAAAAUUAAAUAAGCCUUACUAAUUAUCGUUUAUUACUGAAAUUUCGUAAUCCAAGACAACUACGACAAAUUUUUAAAAAAAGUAAGUUUUGAAAGACGUUGUAUAACAUUGCUCUAAUAGAAAUAGAUUAUUAUGUUCUAUAUAACUAAAACCCUCAUAAACCAUAUUCUUCUCUUUUUUUCCUUAUUGAGAAGUUGUUUUACUGGUAGUCCGGUCGAGGUUCGAAUCCCGCGAACGGGCUGGCUGCAUGGGUGUUUUCGAGGUUUUCCUCAUGUGUAACAUGUAUACGAGCCAGUUUCCCUUAAAACGUCCUGCACGAAGGCAUCCCUCCCCUUAGGCCGAUAGCCUUCGAGGUUUUGCCGUGAUUAAAUAACCUAACCUAACCUGAGAAAUUAUUUUACUUAUUACGUGAUCUACUGCAAUAAUAGUGAUGUUACAUAUAGUAGCGAAAAUGUUAGUCUUCUAAUAUAAACCUCUCGACAUAAAAUUGCCUAAAAACUCUUUCUUAACCAAAAGUUGUUUUUAUACCUUAAGAUGAGGGACUUGCGGGCGAUAGCUCUCGAAAUUAAUGGAGGUUUAUAAAAUUGUCUGUAACUCAUUAACUAGCAUAGGCGUUGACAUAAGAGCUGCAAAGCAAAUUAUAAUUCCUAUACUAGUUAGUUUUCUAGAAAUAGCGAUAAUAAUUAAAAAAAACAAAAAAUAUUCAUUAUUAAAUUGCUAUAACUACUUACUUAAAUUGCUAACCUGCAGCCAUCAGAAAUAAUAGACAUUAAAUAAACGACUUAACGUAAUUUUAAGUCAUGGGCUCAAAGCAAGCAAUUCUCUAAUUAAUGUAAUAAGUCUGGGAAAAUGCAACACUCCCCGAAUUCUGCAUAGGCUCGGAAUUAUACACUUAUGAAAUCUUUUAUAUCCCAAGGAUUCAUAAUAGAGAACUGCACUAAUAAAAACUUGGCGGCAGUUGUUCAACUUAAUUUUGUUAAUUUUACUAGCUCUCUGCGUCUUCUUACUCUCACUGCCUGUCCAAAUAGCCACGUUUAAAAUUUGCAUACUUGUGACUGUACCUAAAUCUGAAUUAUUUCUUAAGGAGAUUAAUGUUCAGACAAAAAGAGAGGUUUAUUUGAAACUCAAAUUGUUGCUGAAAAUAUUAUUAUAAACCUCGCAAUAUUUUCAUCUCUUUGACUCAAAGUGAGAACUGAUCCAUAUGUAGAGAAGCGUGCUAAAAUUUCUCUUCGUCCAGUUUGUAGACAAACAUCUUAGUCAUCCAGAUAUUCGUCCAUUACAUUCUUUUUGUAGAUUCGAUUUCUGAGGGAUGAGAAGAUCCUAAUCGGUGCUAGGAAAUAUAUGGCAAUCAUAUUUUUUAUAAUUGAAUUUUCGGUAAUCAAGAUAUUUCUUAAAAACGUGUUAAGUAAGUGCAAUAGUAAAGACUUACCGGACAGACAAGGGAAGGGAUUUCAAUCUGUUACAGUAACGUAACUGAAAUACAUCAGUUAACAAGGCACAUUAUAAUGAAAAAAGAUGCGUUUCAGUAACUUGCAAUGUAAUUAAUACUUGUAAUUACUUGGAGUAUAACCCAUAGUAUUUCCAUUCGAUUCAUCAAUGUUUCUUAUUGGAAAGGCACAGCAAUUUUUGUCGAUCAUAUUUUGUGUUUAUUUUAACAAUAUGCGGCGAGACAUUUUUUAAAUUUCUGCUAUGAAAGCAAGGAUAACGUAAGAACUUCCAGUUUAUGUAAAAACAUAAAUAAAUAAAACUCGCCUAUGACGUCAAUGACGCAGUGAUACGUUGCCCUUUUGUGUACACAGCGAUUCUGGAUUUGAGCCCCAAAUUAAACAACCACACUUAAAACUGUAAUGUAAACAGGCUACAUUUGUAGGUUAGAUAAAGUUCGACAAAACCUAUAUGAGCUGAGAGUUAUAAGAUAAAAGCUUCUAAGUGCUAGCUCAGCUGCUAUCAAAGCAUUAAUUUAAAUGUGUAAAAUAACUGUGAGAAAAUUCAGAUAGUGAGAUACUCCCCCCCUUUUUUUUACGGAUAUUUGUAUAUAUAUUGUAGCAAAUAAAAUAUCUACAGUAACUAUAUUAAAAUAGACUUUUUUUAUAGGCAACGCAAAAUCUGAUUAAAAGGUGUUUAACAAAGUAAUGUGUGUUUCUAUGCUAUAAUGUAAUCUAUAGGUACCCAAAUGUGAAAAUCUGGAUUCUUUUAAGUUUCAUUAUCUGAAAACAGAUAUAUUCAAUGUAAACUUAUAUGCGCAGAAUCUGGUAUAAUUUAUCUGAUAUUAUAUUUGUACAUAUCUGUUGUUAAUAAAUUAUAAAGAUUG